UAAAUAAAGCACACAAAAAUGGAAUAAAGUCUCCUACUAUUCAUUGCAAAUACAAAUAAUUUCACUCUACUGCACACACAACUGAAGAGAGAGGGCAAAAGUUUCAUUUUUGCCGUUUGCCGUUUGCCGUAAACGUCAUGCUUAACCUCUCUCGUGUGCCAAAACAACGUAGACGUAUUUUUUCAGCACAGCAUCUCAGUAAUAACUUACGUAAGAAGGUCGAAUAUCAUCCUAACAAGAUACAAAACCUCAAAUCACAAAAGGCAAUCAAGUGAAACAGUUGGAUGUCGCCAAAAAUUUCUUUCAGUAAUCAGCAUGAUGUCUCUAACUGGUACCUAACACCGUAAAUAAGUGGCUACUUAAGCUCGCGGAUUUGCUUACAUUUCCACAUUGCUGAGAGAAACGUUCAUCGCGUCAAGACGCUGAGAGACUUCUUUGUUGAUAUCAAGAGCAAGAUUGACUGUGUUUGAGUCCUCUCCAUUAGAUUUGAACUGAGCUGAAGCCAUCUGCGCGUCUAAAAGCAUAUUUGCCCUGAAGCUGAACUGAAGUGCAAAUCCUUUGCGAACUCGCCGCUGUUCAGCACAAGAGGAAGUUGAUUCGUCUCGAGAGGUUCAACAAUCAUCAAGGCGCUAAUACUUCUCGACAAGAGCAUGAUGAAUUCGACAGGUAAUCAAACUGGCGGGGAAUUUGUGUUGCCCUACUUCAAGGAGCCACAGUGGUUAGAAAUCUUGAGGUUAACUUUUCAAGUCUUCAUCGCGUCCGUUGGCCUAGCAGGCAACGCGAUGGUUUGCAUCGUCAUAACUUUCCAGCCUCAAAUGCACAAUGUCAUCAACUUCUUCAUCAGAAAUCUCGCCAUCGCAGAUCUGGGGAUUCUUAUCUUGUCCUUCCCGUUAGCAGUGAUCAAGGAACAAAACCCGUACCACUGGCCCCUGGGGGAAUGUGUGUGCCGGUACGUGUUCCCCCUAGCCGACAUAUUUCACGGUGUAUCAGUCUGGUCAAUUACCCUGAUUGCCAUCGAUCGAUACAGAGCUAUAGUCCGGGGGGUCCUUCCCAGGCGUAGCACAACCUCCUUCAGAUCAGCGCGUUGGAUGGUAGCCAGUGUUUGGAUGCUAUCGUUUCUAAUUAUCUCUCUUCCCCUGUAUUUUAUCAUGGAAUUCAUUGAUUACAGUGUUUACCAACCCUCCACUGACAUGGUCGAUUGCACUCCAAACUGGCCGAACAUCAAAGGAGCAGACGAGAUGCGACAGAUUUACCUGAUCGGCGUUGCCAUAUUUUGGUAUGUUCUACCACUCGCUAUCAUCGGUGGAACCUUCUACAGUAUUUCAAGGAAGCUUCAUGCUAGCAGCAAAUUCAACAAGUCCAUACGAGAAGAGUGCAGCGACCCCGAGGAGCUGCAAAGCACCCGGAAAAGGCUGCGAGAACGACAAAAUAGCAAAGCGAAAAAGCUUUUAACCCCAGUCGUUGUAGUUUUUGCCAUCACCAUGUUACCUUACAAUGUUUUUCGCUUUGUUGUUUUGUACUGGAAUGAUAUUACCGAACAUAAAUACCUCUGGGUUUAUUACAAUGUCUGUGUGACUUUAGUCAUUGCGAAUUCAUCAGCAAACUUUUUUAUUUACUCCCUGGUAAGUGACGAGUUUCGCCAAAGUUUCAAGAACCUUUUUUGUUGUAACUCAACCUGCUCUACUCAAAAUACAACAGAGAGAACAAUAAGGAGCCCGUUAAGCCGCACGCCAUUGAAUGUAAGCCCGUUAAACCUUAGCCCUUUAAAUACCGGAAGACAUGAAUAGAACAACGAACUUUAUUAAAACAACGAUCAAGAGGAAAUCUGCGGGGGAGAGGCUAGGAUGUUGUUUCAAAAACAAAACUCGGAAAAUGUGAAGUUUUUUUUUUCCUUUUUCACUGAUGUCAAAAUAGAAUUGAGAGAUUUGUAGAGUUUCAAAACUCUUUCAUUUCUGAUAUAAAUAAUUUUUGUUUCCUUGUUUUGUCUAAGCUGCCAUGCACUAUUUAAAUUUUGUUUAAAAGUUGCUUGGCGGGAUUUUGUGACACGAGAAACGAAUGCAGUGUACAUUUACAUAUAAGUGGCAUAUAAGUACUUGUAUUGUUGUACUCGAACUAA